AUGGAAUCUGAUUCCGCAUUACACGGUGAUGUUCUUGAUGGCGCGGAAGUGUCGCCUUCCGCCGACAACCAGCAAGAAACGGCCGCAGAAAUAUCUGAAAAUAAUGGAACAGAGGACGAAUCUGGAGCCACUCCAGGCGAGAGUGCGGAAGCGGUAGAUGGUGAGCUAGAGCACGCAGUGCCAGCCAGUAGCAGCGAUGGUUUGGAUCUGGAGUCGGUGGUACACCUCGCGGGCACUGACCAGCCUAUGGAGCAAGCUCAAGCUGAAGGUGAAGAUGAGAUGGACAUAGAUGACACCACAGCUGGCGCUGUCGCCGACGAGUCAGCUUACAUUGGAGACAACUGUCUCUCCACUCCUGCAACAACAGAGGAUAAUUCUCCUCAGGACACCGAAGGCACUCUUGACCCCAUGAUGAAAGAGCAGGGUUUAGAAGAGGAAGGCGGGGACGAUCAAGAGGAGUCUCCUGACCAGUCCAUUAGUUCAGCCAUCCCCACUGACAGUGGAGUGGGUGAUGGAGCACCCAUGUCUCAGGAUGACGAAUCAAGUACAAUGGACGACGACCUGGGCGGUGGCGAGGGCGUCGCCAGCAGCGAUGACGUCAAUGACAUCAGCAGCGCUGCGCAGGAGUCGCUUAGCACUGGCAUUAGUUCGAGCACGGCCGAGACCGGUGCUGAUAUCUCAUCCAGCGGCCAAUCUGAGGCGGCCCUUAUCUCCUCUACUGCCAACGGGCCGGCGCCGCUUCAUUCCUUCUCCCUCAAUGAUUCCAAGGAGGAUCCUAAUGAAGUCGCCGAUGCAGACACAUCUGAGAUGGCAGGCGCGGCCGACACCAUGCCGACCGUUAGCGAAUCGAUGCCGCUGCUGAGCAUGGGCGCCAACGGUUCUGCGCUGCUUUCCCCCACAUUGCAAGGCGAGGAAGGCGGCGUCGGGAAAGUGUCGUCGUCAGUGGGUUCGGUGGGCGAGGCGGAGGGGGCAGUAAGCAGCUCGGGCUGCGCAGGAGGCGCAGCACCCCCGUUGCCGCCCACUGAUGCGGCGCACGCGCUUGCCACACUGGCGAGCGCCGCGCUGCACCACCACGAACAGGCUGAAUCCGAAGAACCGAAAAAGCAAAAUGAUGAAGACACAUGGUAUACAGUGGGCAUUGUCAAAGGAACUACGUUUACGGUCCAGAACUACAUUUCAGACCCGAACGUGGACAUGUCAAGUUUGUCCCUAGACAACCUGCCUGACCUGUCAGCGUUCGGAACCACUCCACUCGAACACGGCACUGCCUACAAAUUCCGCAUAGCUGCGAUUAACUCCUGCGGACGUGGAGAAUGGAGCGAAGAAUCUGCAUUCAAAACGUGUCUGCCAGGCUUCCCCGGCGCGCCGUCGGCUAUUAAAAUUUCCAAAUCCCCUGAAGGCGCGCAUCUUUCUUGGGAGCCUCCACAGGUCGCCGCAGAGGGCAUCUUCGAGUACUCCGUGUACCUCGCUGUUCGCUCUAACACACAACCCAAGGAGGCGUCAAAAUCGCAGCUGGCAUUCGUGCGUGUGUACUGCGGCAAAACAAACACAUGUGUGGUACCACAAUCGUCUCUUAGCGCGGCACACGUUGACUCCUCCACAAAACCAGCUAUCAUCUUUCGCAUUGCUGCGCGGAAUGAGAAGGGCUAUGGACCCGCUACGCAAGUCAGGUGGCUGCAAGAUAUCAAAUCAACAGGAGUGAAGCGAGCAGGCGAAGGCAGACUACCCGGCGCAUCUCCUUCCAAGCAACCGAAACAAAUUCUUCACUAAGUGUUGAUAUUGACUAUAGUUUAGUUUAAGAAUUAAGUACGCCAAGGACAGUUUAUCCAUCGCGGUCUUGUACAUUUUAUUACAGGCGUAGUGUAGAUUACUUUUUGUAAACGGUGGCCAGGUUAGUUGACUCUCGCGAUUUCGUGGAUCAUAUGAGAACUCAUUUCUUUUAUGGGAACAGGAGCAAUGUCAAAUUAGCGCCCCCUAUUUCAGACUACAAAAGUUAUUCGUCGGGUUUUCAAAUGAAGGUAUUUUUUUAUAAAAAAAUGAAACUAGGUUUUCGUCAUAGAGGCAGAGGCUUUAUUUAGAUCCUACACUAAUAUCCGGAAGAAUAAACAAUUCGUUAGUCCGACAUUUAAGACGUUAACAGAGAUCUCGAAAUGCAUCUUAACCUAUUUGGUAUUCAUAAACUAUAAUCAUAGGUAUCUUGCACGAUACAAUGUGAACGCUUUACAGUGACAGCGUUUAUCGUAAAAUUAAAUGUGAGUACGAGGCACUCCGUUUCGCUAUUUGGAUCUCAAAAAACCAACCACGGACUUUAACUGUGCGAUUUCCAAAGGCUUUCUGUGUAGUUGCAGCCCACUGCUUUUCCAUAGAGGAGUAUCAACAACGUACUGACAAAGUUCAAUUAUUUACGUUUUAUAUUGAACAUUUCGAAUAUAAGCACUACGGCAUGCAAAGUAUUGAUAUUUUUGUUUGGUAUUUAAGUACUGUCCAUGAAAGUGUUAAGUCACAAAGACCGUACACUCAAUUAAUUUGGACUUAAUAUCGAUUUUGAACCGUAACUCUGGUGCUGAGUGACAUUUAUGUCGUCGCAUAAUUUAAUGCACAGUCAAUGGAGCAAUCGUUGAUGUCCACUUUAGUUUAAGAAAGUCAGUUGAUUUAAGUAAGAUCUUCAGUGCGGUCUUACAUUUUAUAUGGAUGUAUUAAUAGGGGCCUAAAGAUACGCACGGUACAUGUACAAAUGCACUGAAGAUAAUAGGACAUUUGAAAUUUGUAAAAAGAAUUUGAAAAAAAAAAUGUAAAAAGAAUCGACGAUCUUUGGUCGAAAUUCGGACUCGAUGUCGGAUAAAAUUGUUUCGUGGUAACUUCCGCCUGAUACGAACCUAAAACGACGAUUGUUGCUUCGUUUUUCGGAUUUCGUGGUAGACGUAGGUGCUACUGGCGACGCGACUUUUAGGGCUUGUGUCACGGCCGGUCAGUGUAAUGACGCAAAGUUAGAAGAGUCCAUCUUUUUGGAACAUAAACUUACUCUUGCUGCUGUAAAUAUAAAUUUCAUAUAACACAUUUUUAUAAUUGCUUCAAAUGCGUAAAAACGUAAAUAAUAAUUGUAAGAAAUGACCCGGAAUUAUUUUGGUCAUAAAAUUUUCGUUUCGCUAUUACUGCGUCUUAAAAUGAAAUUAUUUAUAUUAAUUACGAAUCAUUAAUGAAAUCUACUGUAAUGAUAUUUCGAUAUUAUUUAGAAAUGAUUUGCUUUCCUAUCGUUUAUGAUAAAGUAGAUAGUAAAGUGGCAGUGAAAAAAAAACCAUAGGUUCAGUACUUUCUAUACAUCAAAGCGAGGAGCGUAAACCAUGUCAUGAUAGUGUGUGUGGUUUAAUUUUUGGGUAUUAUUAUAUGCGAUAGAUUAACAUAGUUUUAUGUUAUCCUUGUUUUAAAAGUGUAAAUGUGCUCAAUAUACCUAAGUAUCUCAUAAACAGUCCAUCGUUUGCGCUAUGCCUUAAUGAAAUGAAUGUUAGAUUUUUGUAAGUAAUGAAACCUUAUUGACAUUGUUCCAAAAAUGUUAUUGUACACCGAAAGUAUAUAUGCUUUUCAUUCCCAAUUUACUAUCACAAUUUAAGUGUAAUUACAUGAGGGCUAUCAUUAUUACACUCGUCAAAACGCACAUGUUCAAUAUAGCUGUCAAAGUAUGCAAGGAGAACGAGAGGAAGUAUGUGUGAAAGGUAAGUAGACGGUCAAAGUGUAAUAAAAAAAUAUUUACCAAGUAUAUCGCACCCUUAGGUGUAAUAACGCCACAUCGGCAAAAUGGCAAUUUUUCAGCAGAGGCUUAAAGAUUAUACGAACGAAAUUAGUCGAUAACGUUUUUAUGCUUAAAUAGGAGAUGUAUAAAAUUUCACAUUUACAUAAUUUGUUUCAUGUAGUUCGCAUUGUUUGUAUGACUAUCACCAAUUUCAUGUCUCUAAAAACACUUUUGACGUAUUAUCACAAGUGACUUUAUUAUAACAAAGGUACGAUAUAAUAUUGGAAAUUUUAAUUGGGAGGCUGAAUAAUCUUUACUGAAACUCAUUGUUAUGUGAUUAUAAUGUAAAGCGUAGCAACCAAACUAUCCCGAUAAAUUUUUACAAAGUUUGGGAGAACCUUCUUCUUUAUUUGUAUGUUAUAUCAUUUAAAAGGAUAAAUAAAAAGCAUCAAUUGUCCACUGUUUUGACAUCAAAUACCUUAUUCCGCAAACUUUCGAGUGUGGAGAAUGGCGAGAUCCUUGGCAAUGCCAUUGUCUUCAAUCUCAUCAGUUUGAUGUUGACAUCUAAGGGAAGCGUUAUUGGUCUUGUAGACCAUCGGGGUCUCGUUUACAAUGGUAGCCCCCAGUACUGAGUUAUCUCUAUAUGUCACAGGAUCGAAUCGUCGCAUAGAAAAUAAAUGGCCCGAUUUCUCACCGAUCUAGAACUUUUAUUUUCCUAAUUUGACUUUAAAAAAAUUACAGGCCCAUGGGAUUUCUCAAUUUAUGUCACAGGGUGACGGUUGGGCAUGUCACUUACCAUCAGGCGUACGACUUGUUCCGUGCCAUAGCUUGGUAUAAAAACAAAAUACAGAUUCUUGUGUAUGAAUCGAUUAAACAAUAAGUAGACGGAAAUGUAUUAAUGUGAUAAGAGCAUUGAAAAAGAACGAAAUUAUUACACUUUUUUAAAAUAUACGGAUCCGGAAUUAUUCUAUGGACAAAAUUUGUGACGAAUUGAGACUGUGACGAGUAGCAAUUAACUCCCAUGACUUAGUGAAUGUAAUUAUAUUAUUUUUUUAAAUUAAUUCUUUGUACCUCAUGUCGUUGCAGAGUAAGGUGUCGAAUGACUGAUUAAGAUGAAGUGUAUAGUAUUAAAGUAAGUAGAUUGAAUGGGGUGCAAAUUAUGAGGGUGUAACCACACGAGCUGCAUUCCGACUGAAUGUUA